AGCCAGAUGGCGGCGCCACCUGACAUGAGAUGGAGGACCGGCAGGGUCCAAGAGGACGCUCUCCUCAUCCCUGGCCGCGAGCGCAGGCUCCUCCCCAACGUGGUGGGCGGGUACGGCAGGUGGGCCUGAGAGGAGGAGCCCCAGACUGGGGGGCCUGGGCGAUCAGUGGGCUGUUUGGGGGGCCCCAGGCUUCCGGCCCUCGGCUGAACUCUGGGAGGACAAAUGCUAAAAAGAGCCCCCAAGGGAAGAGUAUACUAAAAAAAAAAAAAGCUGACCAGGAGGAGAAUGAUGGUCCAGGAGGAGAAACCCAGCCAAGCAGCUGAUGGAAACGUAGCUCCUGGAAGAAGAGAAGCCUGCCCCAAAGGGAGGAGUUCAUUGCUCCACCCUCCAGCCCCCCAAUCAGAGGGGAGAGGCUACUGAGGUGUUGAAUAUCAAAGCUGAACCCUUCUCCAACAUGAUGAGAUUGAAGGUCCUGAGCUUUUCUUUGGGGAGUCCAAGUGAGCAGCUGAUGGGAGGCAUUGGAAGGUGUUUGGCACUGCCCUUCUUCGUUUUAAAAAGUUAUUUGAAAGUUCUGGUUUGUUGGGGGCCUCUACCCCUUCUCAGCUCCCUGUAGGAAAACAGUUCAGACUUCAGUAACACUUUGAUUGGUGGCCUAGUGCACUUCUUAUCGACUGCAUGCCAAAGGGGAAGAUGUACUGAUGGGUGUGAGCAAGCUGGAUGUUUUUUACCGGCGGCUCCUCCUUACAAAACUUUUCAUCAGAGGAUGGGGAAGACCUGAAGAUCUGAAACGACUAUUUGAAUUCAGAAAGAUAAUUGGUAAUCGAGAAAAAUGUCAGAAUAUGGUUUCAAGAGAUUAUCCAGUAUACAUUGACAAGAUUGAAGAAGAGACUGACUGUAAGAUUCUUGAAGGACAUUUUGUUUCUCCUAUGGCUCAUUAUGUUCCUGAUCUCAUGCCAAUUGAAUCUGUUAUUGCCAGGUUUCAAUUCAUUGUCCCUAAAGAAUGGAACAGCAAAUACAGACCAGUGUGCAUUCAUCUUGCUGGAACAGGAGAUCACCAUUACUGGAGACGACGAACGCUAAUGGCCCGCCCAAUGAUCAAAGAAGCAUGCAUGGCUUCUUUGUUGUUAGAGAAUCCUUAUUAUGGCUGUAGGAAACCCAAAGAUCAAGUAAGGUCAAGCUUGAAAAAUGUGUCUGACCUCUUUGUGAUGGGAGGGGCCCUUGUUCUAGAGUCUGCAGCUCUCUUGCAUUGGCUAGAGAGGGAGGGUUAUGGACCUCUGGGGAUGACUGGAAUAUCCAUGGGAGGACAUAUGGCUUCAUUAGCUGUAACCAACUGGCCUAAACCUUUGCCACUAAUUCCAUGUCUUUCUUGGUCAACUGCUUCUGGGGUUUUUACUACGGGUGUGCUAAGUAAAUCAAUCAAUUGGAGGGAGUUGGAGAAACAAUACUGUACACAGACAGUUUAUGAAGAAGAGAUUUUUCAUAUGCUUGAAUAUUGUGGGACAGAUUCUUUUAAAAUGGGACGAGACUUUGUGAAACAUUUCCCUAAUAGUGUGGACAACCUGGCUAAUUUUGAUCUGGCUCCCAGAACUUUGAACCUGGACAUGGGUGAAUCAUUAUGCAUGAAAUCUUCACAGUGCCAUAACACUGGCAAAGCCUCUCUCAAUGCCACAUCAGAAGGCCUUGUGUUGCAAGAGGUCUCUAAGAUUCCGUCCCUGAGUCAGACACUGUCCACCAAGAAGAGCCUCAGUGAGAGCUGCCUAAGUCCAUCCAGCCACCAGCUCAGUGAAGAAAGGAGGAGGAGCACUCUCCAGAAGGAAUCUUUGAUGUUUAUGAAGGGCGUCAUGGAUGAAUGCACUCACGUAGCAAAUUUCUCAGUUCCAGUCGAUCCAAGUCUGAUUAUAGUGGUCCAAGCCAAAGAAGAUGCCUAUAUUCCACGAACAGGAGUUCGAAGUCUUCAAGAAAUUUGGCCUGGAUGUGAAAUCCGAUACCUCAAAGGGGGACAUAUCAGUGCUUACCUUUUCAAACAAGGACUCUUCAGGCAAGCCAUCUAUGAUGCAUUUGAACGUUUUCUCCAUAAAUAUGCUUACUGAGCACAACUAAGAUGAUUACCAUGUUUGAGGUUCUUAUGCCAGGCAUUUUCAUCCAGUGUUAUUGUCUGAAGAACAAGCAAACUACAGCACCUGGAAGUUAUGAACUUAGGCAGCAUUUCAGUUUUGAAGAUCUACCAGCUUGGGAAACUUGCUAAAAGGUUAAUGGAUGCAGAUACUGUCCCUUAGUGUUUAUAUAACUUUAAUUCUAAUUAGAUGAAUUAGCUCAUAGAACAUCCAGUGACAAUAUAAAUAGAACCAAUGAAAUGAAAUCUCUUGAUUUAAUACUCCCACUUAUAUUGUAUGAACUUUCAAAAACAUUUGGAUUCGCCCUUUGUUCUAUGUUGAAGUUAGUAACCUUACUUUUAGAAUUGGUUGACUGUGAACUAUACCUGUGAUUUGUCAAAAAUAUCUUCAGAUUCCAUAAGAAACUGAUUCAGUUAGUAGUGUUUUAAUGAUCAGAAACUUAUGACAACACAGGAAACAAAAAGCCAGAUAAUGUCUCUAUGCUUAAAUCUCAACCAAGUGUUUUUUCAGAUGUCAGCCUGACAACAGUGAUUGUUAAACCAAGCCCCCUUUCCCUACUCCAGAACUUAGGAAGAUAAUAGAAAAUUUGGCACAGUAUGCUACAUAUAUGUAUGUAUGUCUAUUUUAUACCCGAGUGCCAUGACAUCAGUAUUUUCUUUUCCUGAAUAACUUUUUAGUUGUUGCCAAAUAUUUUAGCACAUUUUAUUUAAGAAUACCCUCACAUAAAUUUGAGUGGUAUAUAAUUACUGAAAUGUCUUACUUGAUUUCUAUUUGUUAAAUGCCAAUAAUUUAAGCCAAGACCUAUAUUUUCACAUUGUAAAUUUUUGUAAUUUCAGUUUUUAAUGGUCACGUGAGGUUUUGUUCUGUUGACUUCUUUUAUAGAAAAUACCAAAUUAGGUAAUUUGUAAAGUUGAGAGUUUGAAUUUUAAUGUAGUUUUCUGAUCCGUAUGAUCAAAUUAGUAACUUUUUAAGUUGGAGAAGAAAUGAGUUCUUAAUGUGCAUAGUUUUGGUAGUAGUUUCUUUUAAUGUUUAUCUUAACAAACAUAAAGCUAGAAUAGAGAAGCUUCCAAGAAAUAUUAUUUAGCUUCAAGGAUAUUUAGGGAAUUUACCAAUUUCCAGAGGUUGUCUUUGUUUUGAAAUAUACCUUGAGCAGUACUGAGUAUGAAUUGUUUUUAAAAAGUGUUCUCAGCCUUGUGAGAAUGUCUGAAUGACUCUGUGCCUUUACAAUUUAAAAAUACUCAUUUUGAAUUCUGCAAAAUGCCAUUAAACAAGUAUCAUAAAGUUAUUUGGAAAGCUUAAUUACCAGUAAGUUUUUAGAGAGUAAAAAAAAAAACAAUCUGAAAAACUUUGCCCUAAUACAAAGAUAUGUUAAUUAUAGUUCUUCCACUGAAAUAUCUUUGGAAAUAAUAUGAUGCUUACUAUCCAUUGGUUAGCGCUAUUAUCUCAUUUUCAUAUGUAAUAUUACUGCAAUAUUGAAUUCUUUUGGAACAUUAGUGAAAUGUGAGAUAAAGGUUUUUUAUUCAAUACUUUUUCAAAAUGUAUACUUUCUGGGGGCAGCUAGGUGGUGCAGUGGAUAAAGCACCAGCCCUGGAUUCAGGAGGACCUGAGUUCAAAUUUGACCUCAGACACUUGACACUUAGCUGUGUGACCCUGGGCAAGUCACUUAACCCUCAUUGCCCCGCCCCCAAAAUGUCUACUUUCUGAUUGGUAAAAUGAUUCUACUUCAUUUCCUCGUUUAAUUCACUUAAAAUAAAAAAUUUAUUCCCCAGCCAUUAAAAUUUUUUUUUUCUGUGCUUGCUUAUUUCUCUGCUAAUGAAUUUUGCAUGAAAAAUAAAAUUUCAGGUUUUUAUUACUGACAUGAAGGAAAGUCUAACAGAUUUUCCAUGUAAUUAAAUCUCUUUUAAAAAAUUCUUUCCAGGAGCUACAAACACAUUACUUUUUUAGAGUAGUGUUAUGAGAUUUUUGUACUUGAAAAAAUAUUAAACUGAAGUUAUGAGAAGAUUCCCAUAUUUAUAACUAGACAGAUAAAUGCAAGGAAACCAGUGUUAAUCUUUGUAUAUAACUUCACCAAGUCCCACCUUGUCUUUUUCUGCCACCAUGCCAUUUUAUCCUUGUCUGCCAUGAAGAUUAUCUUUGUAAAUAUUAAAGAGAAAUUCACAUGUAGACCUUUGUUAAAAGGUUUCUGAAUUUCAUGAUUACUGGUGAACAGACCAUUUUAAUGUAUACAGUUUUUAAUUCUUAUGUAAUUUUAAAAUGUGGUGCUUUCUUAUUUGGGGUAUGGAAUUAAUACUGUAACUUUCAAAUUGAUAUGAUUUUCCUAACUGUUUAUACUGUAUAAUAAA